AUGGGGAAUCGGAAGCUGAAGUGGACGGCGGAGGAGGAGGAGGCGCUCAUGGCCGGAAUUGCGAAGCACGGCGCCGGAAAGUGGAAGACUAUUCUAGUGGACGCCGAAUUCGCGGACAUACUCUCCAACCGAUCGAAUGUUGACCUCAAGGACAAGUGGCGGAACAUUGGUGCAAACCAUGGACAAGAUUCAAAUGUUAUUACUCCUAAAAAUGGAAGAGCAACUGCCACAAGUAUGCAAGAGCUUCAAACUAAAAUGUCACCUCAUGCUUGCGGCUCCAAAGACAAUUCCAAUGGCAAGUCUCCCCUAAGCCCACAGGAAGUUAACGAUGCACCAAAGUAUGUGCUGUGUGUUUAUAGUUCCAGUGUCCUCAUGCAGUUUACUGAAACUAAUUGA